AUGGCUACUGUGAAGCAAGAGAGCGCAUCGGUUACGAAGCCCAGUUCUCCCGAAAUGCAAACACCCAAGCCCCCAGCAACCAUCUUCCCCCCCCCACCCAUCGACACAAAUGGGGGGGAGAAUGAUUCGAUGGACCGAGACAUUUGGGUAGCAGUUAACACUUUGACGAACGUCCGCCAAGAACUUCGGUCCUUGGUGCGUAAGCUUGAGGAGCAGACUGCAGCCCGCCUUAGCGAUCAAGCUGAAUUCAAAGAAAAAUUCUCCAAUAUGAGCAGCAAGUGCCAUGAGAUGGGUGCGCAAUAUCAGACCCUGUACGACGUGUAUAGUUCUGUCUAUAUGAACCACCGCAGCCUACAAGAACGCUGCACCACUUUAAGCGCUGAUCGAGAGGAAGAAAAGCGCUUGCUUGGAAUAAAAAUUCAGAGAGCCGAUGAGGAGGCCGCUGCACAAGAGAAGACCAUCAAAGAGCUCAAAGAGAACAUUGACUAUAAUGAGACAAUUCUAAGCGAGUUCAAGGAGUGUAUGGAGGAAUUUACCAACAAGCUAGACAAGCUUGAAACCGAAAGAGACGAGCUUGAGACCGAGAGAGACAAGCUAGCAAUCAAAAAUGAAAAGGACACCGUACUCAUCGACCACUUAAAGAAGGAUCGGCUGGAAAUGGCAGAGUUUCAGACACAUACUGUCAAAGCACUUGAAAGCGAGAUCCAAGAACUUAAAGCUAUCCUAGAGAGGGUGAAGAUCGAGCUCUUUCCACGUUACCCCAAUAUGCAUGAUAACUUGGACAAUAUCAAGGAAGUCCUGGAGGAGGAUGGAGACACUCGGAAAGCCAAAAAGCGAAAGGCGAGGGCAUAA